AUGCUGCCCUUAUCAUUAUCGACUACUCUUUUAGCCGUUUCUUCACUCGCGCUCGCAGACUUACCCCCACAUUAUACACUCCAAAUUCAACCCACAGCCCCCGAUGCCUCCAUGGAAGUCCCAGCAGACUUCUUCAGCUUCGGCUUCGAAACGGCUUUCUUUAACCAUUUCGAGAAUGAUUUCUCAGAAAAUCUGGUCCACUCAAUUAACUCCCGAAUGAGCAAGCCGCUCGUCCUCCGAAUUGGGGGUACAUCAGGCGAUCUCGUUCAAUUCCGGGAGUCUCAAUCAGAAGCGGCAGUGUGUCAAGGUGCCAAGGGCUGUCCAUUCUCGAGUGAAAACACAUUCGUACUCGGACCGAGCUAUUUCAAUGCAUUCAAAAGAUUUGAGGGGACACACAUGACCUUUCAAGCGCCUAUCAACCCGAAAAAGGAAUCGGAAGAUUGGAUCAGAGAGUCGAUGGAUUAUGUUCGACAUGCCGCAGAGACACUCGGCCAUGACAGGAUUACUGGUAUUGCCCUUGGAAAUGAGCCGGAUUAUUAUGCAUACGGACUCGAGAAGUACAUCUCCCGCGCUCUGCUUCUUGAGAAGAAGAUCAUCGACGACCUAGGCCUCAAAAAUGAGAGCCGUCGAAUUUUCGAACUGGGCGAUAUACCAAACUCAGUCAUCAAGCGUGAUGUGGGAACCUGGGGAAUAACCAACCUUCUCAGAGACAAUCUCAACAAGAACGGACUCGGCAAAUACGCAGCCCAGCAUUAUUACCAGAUUGAGCAUCCAGGAGAAGGAACCGACGAUAAUAUUCAAGCACUCCUUAUGAACCACACAGCAAUCUCGAGACGAUUCCCGGGCAUCGAAGAAAACAUCAAAUACAUCCACAACAGCGACGACAAAAUCGACUUCGUAAUCUCCGAGACCGGCUCAGUCAUCGGCGAAGAGCCAGUGCGCUUCGCUGCGGGCUUUGGCGCCGCUCUCUGGGCAGUCGACUUCCACCUCAAGGCCAUGUCGCACGGCGUCAAGCGUGUAUCCAAUACCUUCCGACCUGUGGCGACGCACUCAUUCUGGAUUCCUGAUAACUCGGCUUCGAAGACAACAAGUGAUGCGGCUGUGCAUGCGAUCUUCAUUUCUGCGCCUUACGUCGCUGACUUUGUGGGCGAGGGUGGCUCGCUUGGUCGAGUGAUCGAGAUCGAGGUGCCUGGCCAACCGGAUCUUUUCAGUGCGUACGCGAUGUAUGAUCUGCAGACUGGGCGGAUCCAGCGUAUUGCGUUGGUCAAUUUGAAGGAGUGGUAUCCCAAGAUGGGUACUCCUAGAGGACAAGUCGAGAUCACACUGGACACUGGCGAUAUGACUUUGACUCAGUCGGGGACUGUGAAGAGGAUGCAGGCGGAAAAUGGUUCACGGGGUAUGGGACUUGAUCUCGGUGGUCUCGAUGAUAAUGUUACCUGGGCUGGAGAGCAGUGGACUCAUAAUAUUGACCUGGGUAGAGGGCAUUUCCCCCAUGGUCGUCAGCAGGAUACUCUUCAGUUCUUUGGCGGCAAGGCUGUCGUGAGUAUUCCAGACAGUGAGGCUGUCAUGGUGUCCUUCGACUAA